UGUCGCACUUCUAUCACGCUACAGGCGACGCCCUCCCCCCACGUUAACGCCGAUAUGGUCACAAUUUUCUUUUAAUUUUUUUAUUUUACUCCUGUGGGUAAAAUGUAUAGAAACGAAUGACGUAGCGUGAACACUCAAGCGUGUGUGUGUAGGCGUGGAGGAAAAUAACGUGCAGCGCGCGAGGGGAGGAGAGGGCUGGAGCUGGUUGUGUGCAGUUACAGGAUAGUGUUGUCAGUGGCGGAAAUACGGUUUCAGUCUUGGUGUUAACUGUCAGGAAACGCAUGCAGUUGUUAAGGAAUGAAGUUGUAGAUGUUGGUUUGCAGUGAGCGGAGCUUCGCAUCUGGAAAGUGCACGGAGUGAGUGGCUCGAGUGCUCCAUACCGAAGCCCAGCCUCCGCUCCUGGAUGUAACAGCGACGUUAAAACAUCAUCAAGCCACUUGUGACCACCGGUGCGGACCUCCAUUUCAGAAGAUCCCAGCAACCUUUAGCCAUGAUGUAGAUGGUGAUGUAGCCAUGAUGAUGUUGCAGCAGGACGGCUACAGUGCUAUGUCAUCAACCACACCUCCAUCGGCCCAACCCCCUAAGAAGGGAAGGAAGCCAGAGAAAACAGAGGUGAUGGCUGAUUCGGCGCAGGCCACCAAUGAGGAACUUCGGAGCAGACUCAUGGACAUUCAGAUUGAGCUGCAGCAGGAGCGUGGCAAGGUCUGUAAACUCCGUGAGCGUCUCCAGGAGCAGCGGCAGGCUCGCGAGCUUGAACAACACAAACAUGCCGUAGCCAUUACUGACCUGCGUGCUAAGCUCCAUGAAGAAAAGCUGCGUGAGAUCACAGCUGCCCGUGAGACCCUGGCACGGCAACAUGAAGCUGAGUUGGCCCGUGCCAUCAAGAUCCGGGAUACAGAGGUGCAGAGGCUUCAGGGUCUUGUAAAUGCACUAAGAGAUGGAGCAGCUGACAAGCUUAAAAAUGCUCUUCUUGGUGAGGCUCGGGAGGAGGCUAGGAGAGCUUUUGAUGGGGAGAGACUAAAGUUACAGCAGGAGAUUCAGGAGCAGAAAAUGGGCAGAAAGCAGGCUGAGGAAGCACUGGCAAAUGCUCUUCAAGCUGAUAAAGCCAAAGCAGCUGAUCUUCGCACGGCCUACCAACAGCACCAGGAUGAGGUGCAUCGCAUUAAACGAGACUGUGAGAAAGACAUCCGCCGACUGAUGGAUGAGUUGAAGGCCAAGGACCGGGUGGUAUGUGCCCUGGAGAGGGAGCUGGGGGUGCAGGCUGGCUAUGCCCAGAAACUUCAGCUUCAGAAGGAAGCCUUGGAUGAGCAGCUGGGUCAGGUGCGAGAAGCUGAGAGAUACAACCACGGCAGCCCCAAGAGGGAAGCAGUGCCUGGACUGGGAGAAAACCAAGACCUGCUCAACAACCAGGAUGUAGAGGAGCGUGACAUGAGAAGGUUUCAGCUGAAGAUCGCAGAACUCCACUCGGUCAUAAGGAAACUGGAGGACAGAAAUGCACUGCUGGCAGAUGAGAGGAAUGAACUAUUGAAGCGGGUGCGAGAAGCAGAAAGCCAGAUGAAGCCCAUGUUUGAGAAAAAUAAGCGACUGUCCAAGAAAAAUGAUGACCUUUUGCAAACAUUACAGCGCAUGGAGGAAAAACUCAAGAACCUAAGCCGUGAGAAUGCAGAGAUGAAGGAAAAGGCUUCUUCCUCUCGGCCGCCUUCACAGCCGCAAUCCACUCAGUCCCAGUUAAAGCGGCCAAGUUCUCUGACUGACCUUAGCCAUGCCCAUGAGGAACAGGAAGUGGAAUUUCUCAAGCUGCAGGUUGCUGAGCAACGCGGCCUCAUUGAUGAGCUCACGCAGGAACGUGAUCGAUUGGUGAUCAGCAAGAAAAACCGAAGGAAACCUGCUAAGCUGCCAAAAAGGCAUGUUGUGGAGACAUAUUUUGGAUUUGAUGAGGAGUCCAUAGACUCUGAAACUUCAUCGUUGACCUCCUAUAACACUGACCUCACUGACCGCACACCUGCCACCCCUGAGGAAGAUUUGGAAGAGAGCAUUUCCCGUGAGGAGUCAGAGCUUCGUUUCCGUCAACUCACUAGAGAAUAUCAGGCCCUUCAGCGGGCCUACGCCCUCCUGCAGGAGCAGACUGGGGGCUCUUUGGAUGCUGAGAGGGAGGCCAGGACUCGUGAGCAGCUGCAGAUGGAACUGAGCAGCUGCCAGGCCAAGAUUGUUGACCUGGAGAAAGCUCUGGCUGAGAGGGGGCAGGAUUCAAAGUGGGUGGAGGAGAAACAAUACUUGAUCAGGACAAACCAGGAACUGCAUGAGAAGAUGUGUGUGUUGCAGCAGGCGGAGUCGCGGCUGCAGGCUGAGGUUCAGGACGCUCGGGACCAGAAUGAGCUGCUGGAAUUCCGAGUACUGGAACUGGAAGAGAGGGAGCGCAGAUCUCCUGCCCUCAACCUCCACAUGUCUGCGUUUCCUGAAAACAGUAGUAGUGCCCUGCAGAUCUACUGCCACCAGGAGGGAGUCAAGGACGUGAUCAUUCCUGAGCUGAUGAAGAAGCUGGAUAUUUUGGGGGAUAAUGGGAAUCUCAGAAAUGAGGAGCAGGUGGCGGUGAUCCAGGCAGGGACAGUGAUCUCGCUCUGUGAAAAGUGGUUGAAGCAGAUUGAUAGCACAGAAGCUGCCCUCACACAAAAGAUGAUCGACCUGGAAAAUGACAAGGAGCUAUUCAGUAAGCAGAAGGGAUUCCUUGAGGAGGAGUUGGACUACAGGAAACAGGCCUUGGACCAGGCCUACAUGAGGAUCGAGGAGCUGGAGGCCACGCUGUAUAGCGCUCUGCAACAGGAGCAGCCGGCAUGCCAGGCGGUGGCUGAAUCGCUGACAGACAGGCAGAGGGAGGAGCUGAGGCUAGCUGUGGACAAGCUGCGGCGUCAGAUUCUCCGGCAGAGCCGGCAGUAUGACAGUCAAAUCUUACAGGAGCGCAUGGAGCUCCUUCAGCAGGCCCAGCAGAGGAUUAGAGAGCUGGAGGACAGGAUUGACUUGCAAAAGAGACAAAUAAAGGAAAUAGAGGAAAAGUUUUUGUUCCUCUUUUUAUUUUUUUCUUUAGCAUUUAUUCUUUGGCCUUAAUGGGAUUGAUCCACAUCAGGUGUUCAGAUGCUGUGGAUGCAAGCAAGGAUGACACAAACUUGUUUUUUAUGCAUUUUUUGACAGUUCAUGAAAACCUUAUGGCCUUUUUGAUUAACAAGCACUUUUGCAGAAGAUCCUUACCUGGAAUGCAAGAAUAUUUAAAAAUUUUAAUAUAUACCUAGGAUUAAAGUCAGAUUUAUUUGCAAUUAACAUGUACUAUAGUGGUUUUUUAACCUGGGACAUUAAUACUCCUUUGUGAGAAGCAAACACAUUGAUUUAUUGUGAGAAAACUCUAAAUGAGAGGAUUACUUGGAGGAAAGCCACAGAUGCAGCUGAAAGAAUGUCCAGUGGAAAAGCAGAGAUGGAUGUUGGAUAAAAGAGAAAGUUAAAGGCUGAGUGAGGGGGUGAACAAGCUGCGUGCCAGCUGGACAUGGAGGAUUCUGGCAAAGUCUGUGUCUGUGUUUCUAAGGAAACAAAAGUGCAACUAAGUCCACAGAUCAGACAUUUAACCUAAAGGAGGCUUGUCAUUGCACUGAGGUGGUGAAACUACAGAGGAAACGAAAAACCAGUUUCUUUGCAACAGGUGGAAUUAACUCAGUGGGCACAGACUGAUCAGUGCAGGAUCACAUGACUUCACCAGACAGCAAGUUCCAGAAGCAGA